GGAUCCGCAGAGGAAUCACUUUUGUCUGAGAUCAGGAAGCGACGCAGCGUCAAGAAACGAGCUUUUUCACGCGUUUAAACGAGAUACAUGCGCAGUUUCCCGUCCCCGCAACGCACCGCAGGGAAAUCGAACACGCAGAAACGAUGCCGAUACCGAGGGGGAAGAAAUCCUCCGUCUCCGCCGGGACCAGGAUCCCGAAGCUGACCUCCACCGGCUCCGAGAACCAGGAGGAAGGCCCCCAGGUGAAGAGGUCCUCCUCGCCCCCCCAUGGAGCCCCCAAGAAGAGAACCGCCUUCAUCGACAUCACCAAUGCUCAUAAAGUUCACAUCAGUCUCCCCGGGAGGAAGAAGGACACGACGAAGAGCGCGGUGAAGAAAUCCACCUCCAGCUCCGCGGCCCUGAAGAAACUCGCCAAUCUGAAAAAGUCGUCCUCUGUGAGCUCAGAGGAAGCGACGGCUGAGAAGGAGAAGACCGAGGAGGUGAAACCCGCUGAGGAGGAGACCCCGGAGGAUGCAGCAGCUCCAGUAGAAGAGCUGGUGGCUGCUGCGCCCCCUGCUGUCCGUGAAGUGCCAGCACACCUGCUGAAACCUCAGGUCCCUGCGGAGUUUGACAUCGACUCGGAGAACUCGGAGGACACGUACAUGUGUCCGGAGUACGCCAAGGAGAUCUUCGACUACCUCAAACGGAGAGAGGAGAAGUUCGUCCUCUGUAACUACAUGCCCUCACAGCCCAGCCUCAACCCCGAGAUGAGGGCCAUCCUGAUCGACUGGCUGGUGGAAGUGCAGGAGAACUUCGAGCUGUAUCACGAGACCCUCUACCUGGCCGUGAAGAUGACGGACCACUACCUGUCGAAGACCCCCGUCCACCGGGAGAUGCUGCAGCUCGUCGGCUCCACCGCGAUGCUCAUCGCCUCCAAGUUCGAGGAGCGCAGUCCGCCGUGUGUCGACGACUUCCUGUACAUCUGCGAUGACGCGUACAAGAGGGAGGAGCUUAUCUCCAUGGAGGCCGGCAUCCUGCAGACGCUGUCCUUCGACAUCAACAUCCCCAUCCCCUACCGCUUCCUCAGACGCUAUGCCAAGUGUGUGAGCGCGGGCAUGGACACGCUGACUCUGGCCCGAUACUUCUGUGAGAUGAGUCUCAUGGACAUGGAGCUGAUUCCAGAGAGGGGCUCCCUGCUGGCCUCGGCCUGCCUGCUGGUGGCACUGGUCACCAGAGACCUGGGAGGAUGGGCUCCCAUCCUGCAGUUCCACUCCGGGUACCAGACGUCGGAUCUGGCGCCGGUCGUCCGGAAACUCCACGCGAUGCUCGUGGCGCCGCCCGACGACAAACUGAAAGCCAUCAGGAACAAAUACGCCCACAAGGUGUUUUUCGAAGUCGCGUCUCUGCCGGUGGUCGACAUGGACAUCCUGGAGGAAGUCUUUCUCCAGUGAGACGUCAGCCUGCGCAACAGGAACCAUCAAUUUUGCCAGAGCCUGUACAUAGUUUGUUAAUAUGUUUAAUAUUUAUACACGUAGUCUCGUCUGUCUUUUAUAUAACAUGUGACGUCGAUGUUUGAUCCCCGGUUUCUGGUGGAAAAAGAGUUUUAAUGUGGGAGGAAGUUUGCCAGUUUAUUGUUUGAACCAGGUUGUUUAUAAUAAUGGAGAUUCAAGCGUUGCAUUCAAGUAUUUUUUAGGCAUUUGUUUUAUACCUUUUGUUUUUAAUAUGAAGAUUGAAAAGGAAAAUCUUGAUUGGUGAGCAGUUAGUCAGCCUCGUCUGUGUUUUACAGAAUCUAAAGAGUUCUAAGAAAACGAAUUUGGUUGUCGCUUCUCUUUUACUGAUGAGCUCGAUCUGACCUACACCGGUUUUCAUUGUUCAGUGUACAGUGUUUAUCAUGUUUAUAUCACGAUGCUAAUUAUUUGUAUAAAAGACGACCGGAUGAUGCGGUGCUAUUUUUAAAUGGCCGUCAUGCAUACUCUUAAAAUAAAGAUGUUUUUUUUUA